AUGGUUGAUGUGUUUUGGUUGCAGGUUGAUCACCAUGACCCUGAGAAUAGUUCACUUUUUAGGUUCAAUGCGCUUUGGGAAGCUCAUUAUCACCAAGAUUCUUUGCUGGUGUUCUCAACUGGGAGAUCACCUACACUCUACAAACAACUGAGGAAAGAGAAGCCUAUGAUAACUCCUGAUAUAGCUAUUAUGUCUGUAGGGACUGAGAUUACUUAUGGGAAAUCAAUGGUGCCUGAUGAUGGAUGGGUUCAGUUUUUGAACUAUAAAUGGGAUAAGAACAUAGUCAUUGAGGAAUCAAGCAAGUUUCCUGAACUUAAGCAUCAGGUAAGCAAUGCCCAAGAGGAAUUGUUGCAGUGGCAUUCACAGAAUGCAAAAGAUAGCCCCAAGAUUCUUCAUGCCUCAGAGCGCUGUGCAUAUGGGAUAAUAAGGAAAAAGGCAAAAGAGAAAACAAAUUCAGAAUUAGCGAGAACCGGGGAUUGGUUUCUUCAUUCGUUGGUGAAGGCGCGCGGUGCUGUGCAGCGCUGUCUCUUUCAAACUGCUGAUUCUACCGUCGAUGCAGUCGAGUGUCCAGUGAAUGCUAACGGCGGAAUUUGUGGCCACGUUGCUCAUAUGGAAUGCGCUCUCGAAUGUUUUUUGGCUGGUAAAGUUAGAAGUUUGGGGCGGGAUGGCGAAUACUAUUGUCGACGCUGUGAUGGGAGAAGUAACAUGAUAUCUCAUGUUUACAAUCUCAUUCAAACAUAA